AUGAACAAUCACACAUCUGACACAGACUUCUAUAUCUCUGGAUUUUCUAGUUCUUCUGGUAAGCAGCCUCUUUCCGUUUUCUUAUUUCUGUUGAUUUAUCUGAUUGGUUUGGUGGGAAACCUAGUUUUAAUUUUGGUGACCUUCUUGGAAAGUCAACUGAACACUCCCAUGUACUUCUUCCUUCGCAAUCUUUCCUUUGUAGAUAUCUGUUACACCUCAGUCACUCUCCCAAAGCUGAUAGAUAUUUUCCUUACUGGAAAUAAUAUAAUGCCCUUUAUUCCAUGCUUUGCUCAGCUACAUUUCUUCACAACUACUGGAUGCGCUGAAGUUUUCUUACUGACUUCCAUGGCAUAUGAUCGAUAUAUUGCUAUAUGCAAUCCCUUAUGUUACUUCCUAAUAAUGAAUAACAGAAGAUGCACUCAGCUUGUAUUGGGUAGCUGGGUGUUUGGUCUUUCUAAUGCAUUUCUCAUCACUAUAUUUGCAUCCCAAUUAUCCUACUGUGGCUCUAAAAAAAUUCAGCAGCUUUUCUGUGAUGUUAAAUCAUUGUUAAAAAUUGCUUGCUCUGAUACUGCAGGGGUGCAAAUUAUUGUAUAUUUGCAAGUCUUGUUUGCAGGACUCUGUCCUUUCUUGCUAAGUGUGAUCUCUUACAUUGGAAUUAUAAAGAGCAUCCUAAAGGUCCAGUCAGCAGGUGGGAGGAAGAAGACCUUCUCAACAUGUACAUCCCAUCUCACUGUGCUUCUGUUGUUCUAUGGAACUAUCUUUUGCAUGUAUAUCAGACCUCCCUCAGAACACUCAGAGGAACUGGACCAGUUUUUCUCAAUUCUGUAUGUUGCUGUGACUCCCAUGUUAAAUCCACUAAUCUACAGUCUGAGAAAUCAAGAAGUAAAGAAGGUUUUGAAAAGAUUUAUUAUAAUCAAGAGUCAUCAUAGGUCUCUCACUUAA